GCCGAGGCGCGCAGCCAGGGGGAGCGGCAGGAAGACGCAUGACAGCAGAGCUGGGAAACGAAACUAGGGAAGACAACCCCAGAAAAACACACGUAAAGUACCUGAGGAGUUGCUAUUCCGGAUCUCGCGUCUGCCCUGAUGGUCAGCCUCCCGUCGUAUGGUCCAGUCGUCCGCUGAACAUCUUGGUCGGAGCGCCUGAACUUGUGGACCUCGGAAGAAGCGACAUGUGUGUUUUGUUGUGUAUAAGGCUGUUUCUACAUCGAGCUCUUAUUCCUCAGUGUUCAAAGAUGGACCCGGAGAGACAGAAACGAAAGAAGGAGAUAAAGAAAGCUAUGGCCUUCAUAGAGUCUACUCUUGCUUAUCCAGACCCGAACAGCUGCGAGGUCAUCGUGUCCCAGCUGGUGUUCAACCUGCUGUCGGAGGGCAACGCGCUGUUCAGGGAGGGGGCGUGGCCCGCGGCGGCGGUCCAGUUCAGCGAGGCUCUGGGCGUGGUGCGUUACGCCGCCUCGGAGGAGAUGGACGUCCCCCCCGCCCUGGUGGAGAGCCUGUACGUCAACCGGGCCACGGUGUACCACCGCAUGGGUGAGUUUGCGUGUGGUGUGGCGGACUGCGACCAGGCCCUGGGGGUGAACGAGGGCAGCAGCAAGGCGCUGUUCCGGAAGGCGCUGUGCCUGAAGGAGCUGGGGCGGCACCGGGAGGCGUACGACUGCACCACCGACUGCCUGCUGCUGGACCACCCGGAUAAGCAGGUGGGCGAGCUGGCCCAGGAGCUGGCUCUGAGUCUGGGUCUGAGGAACAGGAAGGCCUACGUGACGACCCAGAAGGGGAACGUUGUCAGGAACGUUGUUGGGAACGGUUUGGGGAACGGUUUGGGAACGGGAGUCCAUCAUACGGCACAGCCCAUUUUUCUCCCAGCAUGCUCCGCUCGGCCUCAGCCCAGCCCAGCAGCCCCGCCCCCACCUUCACAGGCCCUGCCCCACGGGCCCAGCCCCCAAGGGCCCGCCCCCAAUGGCCCCGCCCCCAAGAGCCCCGCCCCCAAUGGCCCUGCCCUCAGAGGCCCCGCCCCCACGGGCCUCACAGGCCCUGCCCCCACGGGCCCCGCCCUCACAGCCCUGCCCCCGGGGCCCCGCCCACAGGGCCCCUGCCCCCACUGGCUCCGCCCCCACGCCCCCCCCGGGGGCCGCCCCCGACCGCUGGAGGACUUCGAUCUGACGGGGGAGGACCUGGACAGCCUGCUGGACGGCCUCCCUCCCCAGCCUGGACCAAUGGGAGGGCAUCAUGCCGGACCCCCGACCGACCUCCGACCGGCACCGGGCCGUAGGGUCGACCGUCACCCUGGACAGGGGCCCUUCACAGAGAGCCUGGACACCCUGGACCAGCUAGACCCGAGGGGGACCCUGGACCAGCUGGACCAGCUGGACUCCCUGGACCAGCUGGACUCCCUAGACCAGGGGACCCUGGACCAGCUGGACUCCCUGGACCAGCUGGACUCCCUGGACCAGAUGGACCAGCUGGAUGACUUCGAGGUGGUCCAGCGGCGAGGCGGUGGUCCUGGACGGCUCCUGGACCAGGUCCUGGAUGGGUCCCUGGACCAGGUCCUGGCCGGGUCCUUGGACCAGGUCCUGGACGGGUCCCUGGACCAGGUCCUGGAGAGCCUGCAGGGCGCCUCGGAUUCGGAGCCCCAGGCUGGAGGUCUCCCCAGGUCCCUGGACGUCCUGGACUCCUUCUCCCCCCUGGAAGGGGGGAGGAAGGAGUCGACCCCACAGAAGGAGUCGACCCCACAGACCCGGCGCCAAGUCGUCCCCAAAGCCUUCUGCCAAACCAGCCCUAAAAAGGGAACCAAAGCUUGGAACCCGCUGGACUCCACCCACAUGUUCCUGAGGGCCUGCUCCGUCUGUUACUCCCGAUCAGGGCGCUCGGUCUACUCCUUCGUCCACACCCCCGAGCUGGUCCAUGACUGCCGGCAGGACCUCCUGCUGGGCCGGCGGCGGGACGGCCCCUCCCCCGCCUGGACCCGGGUGCGGCCCCUCCCCCUCACCCGACCCUUCACCGGGAAGUUCAUGCUGUGCAAGGAGCUGCUGAACUCCGGCGUGGUGGGGCUCUGCAAGUACGGCGAGAUGUGCACCUUCGCCUUCAACCAGCUGGAGGUGGAGGUGUGGACGGAGGAGAAGAGCGGCGCGCUGGACCGCGGAUGGCUGUUUGGGCCGCGGGCCCCCGGGGGCCCCCCAGGGGCCCGCGUGGCGCAGCUCCUCCAGGAGCACAACGGCAGCUUCCUGUUCCUGUGUGAGAAAUGUUAUGACGGUAAGCCCCGCAUCACCAGCCAGCGUUCCCGUGACGACGGCGUCUCCUGCUCCAACCCCGACGCGCGCCACGACUUCAACACCAACAGGUGCCUGGUGUACGUCACGGGCCCCGGUGGCAGUGUGGGCUACAGGAAGGUGCGGGCCCUGGCCCCCGACCACUGCAUGGAGCUCUGCCGCCACGCGGCGCGAUACGGCUGCCAGCUGGAGGACGACUGCCUGUUCGCCCACUCCCCGCUGGAGCUGAAGACCUGGGCCCUGCAGCGCACCUCGGGUAUCAGCCCCGAGGAGAUCGUGGCCUCGUCCGUCAAGUAUCACGGGGAGCGAGAGCUGGACACAAAGAGGAAAAACCCCCUGUCCCCCAGAGGGCCCGUGGGGGGGGCCGAUGGGGCUGGGGGGGGUGUCAGCAAACCGAAGGCUGGGGGGGGCAGCCAGGGCCUGAACCUCAGGCUGCGGUUCAUCUGCGGGCGCUGCUGGCACCACGGCCUGAUCACGGAGCCCGACAAGGCCCUGAAGUACUGCACGGCCAGGGGCCGGCACAGCUGGACUAAGGAGGGGCGCGUCCUGUUGGUCAUGUCUCCAGAGAGGCACAAGUGGGUGCAGGUCCGACAGCUGCCCUCCGCCAAGAACUACCCCUUCCAGUACGAUAUCUGUGGCCAGAUCCAAAGAAGCGGGAAGUGCAACUACACAGGAAACUGCACCUUCGCCCACAGCGAGGAGGAGAAGGAGCUGUGGACCUACAUGAAGAACAACGGCCUGAGGGACGUCCAGCAGAUCUACGAGGUCUGGCUGAGCGUGGCGCGCCUCGGGAAACAGACCGCCGACGCCCCGCCCCGCCCCCCCGCAGCCACCGCCGCCGCCGCCGCCGCCGACAACAAGAACAUCGUCAUGCCGACCGACUACGCUGAGCCAAUGAGCGGCUUCUACUGCCGUCUGUGCGGGCGCCAAAGCAACAGCGAGCGCCAGUGGCAGCAUCACAUCGCCACGGAGAAACACAAGGACCGCGUGUUCAGCGCCGAGGGGGAGGAGCUUAGCCUGAGCUGGAGCCACCGCUUCCCCGGGCUGCACUUUGCCCUGUGCCCCAGGCUGGACAGCGGCUGUGCGGAGGGCGUGUGCUGUGACUCCGCCCACAGCCCCGAGGAGCUCCAGGAGUGGCUGCGGAGGCGGAGCUUCCUGCGCAGGAGGCUGGCCCAAGCCCGCGAGGAGCUGCUCAUCCUGCCCGACGACGCAGACUUCGGGAAGUUCAACUUCCUCCUGCAGGACUGAGGAGCGGGCGCCGGUCAGGGGGUCCGGGGUCCGGGGGUCAGGGGGGGUCAGGGGGGCCGAGGGGAGGAGCUCUGCAUCGGUUUCAGUUCACGGAUACUCCGGACCUCUCCGUGUCUGAGGCUCUCAGGGGGGGCCGGCUUAUGGAGGCAGUCUUUGGGGAUUCGAGUUAUUGUGAGAAGGCUUCUGCGCACGGGUCUGAACGUUGUUGUGAACGGCUGAUCACAGAGCGGGUCAGGGUCGGGGGUCGGGGGGUCGAGGGUCGGGGGGG